UGUCCGUGUCGCCCAUCGCUUUGUCUCUCUAAUUUCAAGCUUCAAUUGAUUUCUCUCUCGCCUUUCAACUUGCAUCCACGUUCCAACGCUCAAAACCAAACCACAUACCACUACACAUCAAACAAACAAACAAACAAGCAAGCAAGCAAACAUGUUCCGUCAACAGAUCGCCCGUCAAGCUCGCCUCUUCAGCACCACACCCGUUGCCCGCAAGAGCCCCGUAGACGCUAUCAAAGAUGCCGCAAAGGUAGUUGACAAGAAAAUUUCUGGUGCUGCUGUAAAGGGCAUCGAGAAAGGCGAGGAAGUCGCCAACGCCGUCAAGGAAGCUACGCCUGACACUGCGGGAGAGGCAAAGGGCCAGGCCAGCCAGGUUGCGGGCGAGGCAAAGGGAAAGGCGAGUGAGGUUGCGGGACAGGCAAAGGGCAAGGCGGCGGAGAUGAAGGGCGAGGUCAAGGGAAAAAUGUAGAUUGUGGGCAGGGCAUGGACAAGUGAAUGAUGCAUAAUGAAGUAUGAGCGGAUUUGCAUAUCUUACGAGAGGCGGGUUUACAAAAAGUAGCCUGUAUUCAGGGCGAAAUGAAGAAUUCUAAUGUUUUCAAUGGAA